AUACUUACAUACUAUUUAUGUAAUACUCAACAUAAUCGGAAUUUUAUUGGAUAUUUAAUGGUAAUUUUCAACUGAUUGAUAAUCAAUUCGACUCAUCGAAAAUGUGAAUAUCUGCAGGUGAAAAAAUGAAGUAGAAAAAGUCGCGUAAAAGCUCUAUUUAUAAACUUUCCAAUGUUGUUCGAUUUUGUACAUCAAAAUAUCAAAACGAAUGACAACAAUAGAAAAUGUCUCAAUAGUGUGUAAACAUCCGGGAUUCUAUAAUUUUUUUUCAUAAAUUUUUUCCUGCCUAAACAAUUGCGGAGUCAUUAAUAUAAUGAAAUCCUCAAUUAUAUUUUCCGAGGUGUCAACCUAGCAGCUGUAUAACUAAUUUGAUAUUCAUGAGCAGCGUGAAAGUAAUGACUCAACAAGAUAUUAUCGUAAAGUAUUGUCAUCAAAAAUUAGAAGAUCAAAACUACUGAAAGCCAACGAGAAAAGCUUGUGCAUUCCCUGAUGUGAUAAUAGCACAUAUUUGACCUUUAAUGAGUUGACUGACCGGCAUAAAUUAUCAACACAUCGAGCGAUGUUAAUUUCCCCAACAGACCCAUCAUUCGUCCACAAAUUCAUAAUAGAGUAACAUUAAUUCCUUGAACCUCAACUCAUUAUUUGAAAUAGAUAGUGUAUCCGAUUACUUCUAACAAUGAAGACACUUCUGCAUCUUACACUGAAAUAUCUAGUAAUUGUGAUGUGCACACGAGUAUUCAAAGCCUUCCAUACAUCAGAGCCUGCCUGGUCUGCAGAUUUAAUGAAUUAUAUUAAAAAAAACAAAGAUCACUAUCGCCAAGUAAUGAUAAUAACGUAUAAAGAUCCUGAAAUACCAUUUGAAAAUUACUGGAUAAGAGCAAUAUUGCACACAGCAGCGGAAACUUAUCCCACUAUUCGAAUAAAUUUUGAUUGGGCAUCAGAUAUGAAGGAAGAAAAAUCCCUUCAUCGUACCGAUGCCACAGCCACGUUAUUUAUAUUUGUGGAUGAUGGUGACAUGUCUAGAACAAUUCCGCCCGAGCAUAUCAUAUCCAUAAUGAAAAUUCUAUCAUUGAACAAAAAAAUAGUCAAGUAUCUGGGUUUAUUCCUAUCAUCAACACAGACCAUGGAUUUUAACGAUCUUUUGAGACAUGCUUGGAAAAAUCAAAUGACCGAUGUAACUAUCCUGGAGCUCAUUGGUUGCCGAAGAGUAACGGAAACAAUUCUGAACACAUGCAUUGAUGAUAACAGUUUACCAAUCAUUCAUCAAUUCAAUCCAUUUUUAAAUAUUACAAUGAGGAAGGUGUAUCAACCCGACAUGGAAUUAUUUCCGGAUAUCAUGAAAAAUAUGCAUGGAUAUGGCCUGAAGAUCGCUGUUCGCAAUCAUCCACCAUUUUCUCAUGUCAUCUGGACCAACUCUACCUACAAAGCAAUGUGGGGAAUGGAUAUUUCACUUAUACAGACAAUAGCCGAGAUCAUGAAUUUUACAAUGAAAAUUAUACCGCAAUUGAUUACUUUUGGUGAAAUUAGAGAUGAAUCGACUCCCGGAUUAUUCAAAUUCUUACGCAGUGGUAAAGUUGAUAUUAUUGCUUCUCCCUAUCCUCAUCAUACCGAGGAUAUGGAAGAAAAUUCAUUUCGCAGUGAAACAUUACUGAGAGAUCAACUUUGUGCUGUGGUUCCAUUGAGAAAUACUGUUCGCAUACUUUUUCCAAAAGCCCUCACCGAGGCUCUGAUUUUAACAAUUGGCAUUGUACUGAUCUUUUGGUUUUCAAAAUGGGUCUUCAGAUUUCCAUCAUCGUGGAGUAUAUUUACAACGAUUCGUGUAUUAUUUGGUAUUCCAGUCUUCACUAACUAUGACAAUCUGAAGCCAGCACAACGCGUCAUAAUUCAAAUUUUAAUGAUUAUAUCAUUAUUUUACUCCGCCAAUAUUUAUGCAUCUCUGACGACAAUAAAUAUCGAUCUUAAAAGCGAAAUUUUAAUUGAAAAUCUUGAUGAUCUUGAUAAAUCUGGCUAUGUACUGAAAGUUGACAGGAAUUUGAUGAACAAAACUUUUGGAAAUUUUAGUAAGAAUGAUGUAACUAUGGUUAAUCUGAAGAGAAAAGCUAUCCCAAUACGGCGUAAGCUUGCGUGUUUGGAAGAAGCUGAAAAAUUUAAAAAUACGACGUGUUUGAUGACCCAUGCCGAAGGUGAUUGGUACAUAAAGUCCAGGCACGCCGAUAAAUCCCUGUCAAUGAGCUCAGCAUGCUUCUGGUCGGACAGCUAUGCAUUUCUAUUCAGGGAAGGAUCUCCCUACAGACAACGAAUCGAUUACCUAAUUCGUCGUCUUGCUGAAGUUGGAAUUCCCAUAAGAUGGAUGCGGAAUGAAACAGUUUUACAUUUGUCCGCCACUCCAGAAAAUGACUUAUGGCAAGAACUUAAAAUUCCAGCUCCGGGUGUAUUAAGAGACCAACUAAUAGCCGUUUUAUUCUUUGGACUUACCACAGCUAUUAUGACAUUUAUUGGCGAGAUUUUGUGGUAUCAUUGCAUCAACAAAUAAAACCACCAUGAUGAGUGGAUUAGGUAUGCAACUAAUGAUGUGUGAGAUAUUAUCAUAUAUUACACGAGUGAAAGUAGAAGAAAAUGCUAUUUUUCCAUGUGUGAGGACUUUACUAAUGCAAGUUAAUAGACGGAAUAUAUUUACUGAAGAGAAGUUUCAAAUAUAUCACAGAGCAACGAGUACGGAUUUCCAGAUUUAUUAUUAGGAACGAAAUAUUUUCCUGAAGACGACGACAGUUGUGAUCUCAAAUUUUUAGCAGUUUGCCUUUUUCGCAAAUACUAUAUUAUGUUUGAAAUAAACGCCACCGUGUGUACUUUCCUGUCGCAGUAAUUUUUGGACAAAUAUAUUCCAUAGGAAGUUUAAUAAUCAAGAUUAAAAUUAUUUCUCUGA